GAAGCAACACGGCUCAAAUACAGGCUGCUUGCACAACUUGCAGCAAUUCUAGGGAACAGGAUUCUAAUACACAGGGCUGUUGACUUGAAUGAAGCAGGCAACAGUUAGUGUGAUCUUUGGAGUUUUAAUCGUGGGUAGGGAGCCUCCUCAGAGUGUUGGAUCUUCCUCGUCAUUAAUAUCAUCAACAUGAUAAUAAGCAUCGCUCUGAUCUGGGCAGUAGUGGUGGGAUUGUGCUGCCUUCUGUGGCUUGCUGUGGGCAUACGGCGCAGGCAGCCCGGUGAGCCUGUGGUGGAGAACGGCUUCAUCCCCUACCUGGGCUGUGCUCUGCAGUUCGGGGCAAACCCUCUUCAGUUCCUCCGUAGCCGCCAGAAGAAAUAUGGUCAUAUUUUCACCUGCAAGAUCGCGGGCCAGUACAUUCACUUCCUGUGUGACCCCUUCUCUUACCAUUCAGUCAUCAGACAGGGAAGACACUUGGAUUGGAGGAAGUUCCACUUUGCAACAUCUGUGAAGGUGUUCGGCCACGACAGCUUUGAUCCUCGCCAUGGCCACACCACAGAGAACCUUCACCAAACCUUUUUGAAGACCCUGCAGGGGGAGGCUCUGCCCUCUCUGAUAGAGAGUAUGAUGGGCCACCUCCAGGACGUCAUGUUGAAGUCGGACAAACUCAGCCCCAGCAAGGACCACUGGGAUGUGGAUGGCAUUUUUGCUUUCUGCUACAAGGUGAUGUUUGAGUCGGGCUACCUGACCCUGUUUGGUAAAGAGCUGGGAGAAGACAAGAUUCAGGCUAAGCAGGAAGCUCAGAAAGCCUUGGUACUCAAUGCUUUGGAAAACUUCAAAGAAUUUGACAAGAUCUUCCCUGCGUUGGUGGCAGGCCUACCUAUCCAUGUGUUUAAGAGCGCCCACAAUGCCAGAGAGAAACUAGCAAAGACCAUGCAUGCUGAAAACCUGUCCAAGAGGGAGAAUGUGUCUGAUCUGAUCUCUAUGAGGAUGAUCCUGAAUGAUUCCUUGUCUACCUUCAAUGACGUGAGCAAGUCUAGGACCCAUGUGGCUCUGCUCUGGGCUUCUCAGGCUAACACAUUGCCUGCCACCUUCUGGAGUCUCUUUUAUUUGAUCAGGAGUCCAGAUGCUAUGAAGGCAGCUCGUGAGGAAGUGCUGAAAAUUCUGGAGGAUUCAGGUCUGACGGUUGACCCUAGCAACCCAACACUCAACCUGACCCGGGACCAGCUGGACAACAUGCCUGUUCUGGACAGCAUCAUAAAAGAAGCCAUGCGUCUUUCCAGUGCUUCAAUGAACGUCCGUGUUGCCAAGGAGGACUUCUUGCUUCACCUUGACAACCAAGAGGCAUACCGCAUCAGGAAAGAUGAUGUGAUCGCUUUAUAUCCACCCAUGUUGCACUUUGACCCAGACAUCUAUGAGGAUCCCUAUGAGUUCAAGUUUGAUCGUUUUCUGGAUGAGAAGGGUCAGGAGAAAGUGAACUUUUCGCGCAAUGGCCGGCGACUGCGUUACUUCAACAUGCCCUUCGGCUCCGGGGUCACCAAAUGCCCUGGCAGAUUUUUUGCUGUGUAUGAGAUCAAACAGUUCCUGACUCUGGUGCUGUCCUACUUUGACAUGGAACUGUUGGACCCUGCUACCCAAGUCCCGCCUCUUGACCAAUCACGAGCUGGUCUGGGAAUCCUGCAGCCUACCUACGAUGUGGACUUCAGAUACAAGCUUAGGUCCACCUGCUAGGCUCUUUGUUCAGGCAGAGUGAUUUAAGAACAUAGUGUACAUAAUGUAUAUUUAACAGUGUUAAUGAAGAUGUCUUUAUGUAUAUGUAAAUAGAUUGAAUGAUAUAUUGUUUAUGCAUUUUUUUGCCACUGUAGGACAUAUAUUCUGCACAUAUGGAUGAAUCCCAUAAUAUUACACAAGUAUAAAUGGGUGAAACACUGGUGACUGGAAGUUCCCUUUCUACACUUUUGAUAUAUUUUCACUUCUCAUGCCGUAGGAUGGUCUAUCACAGCAGCAUUCUGCAGUGAACCAAGUCUUCAUUACCGCUUUGGCUCAUCUAUUCUGCCACAGUGCUUUUCAUUCACAAAUUGCUGACUAGACUCUUCUCAUUUGAUCAAUGAAUGCAUAUUACUGUAAUCAGUAUCAUUUACUAACCUCACCUUGAAGUAGAAGAUUGAGCUUCCAUCACCUUGGAGUUUGCCCUCUCAGGUUGUCUCAGUCUCAAUGCUGUCACAAAAGAGCUGAGUGUUGCUCAACACAGACCUUCAUAUGUCGCCGUCAUCCACCCUCUGAGUAUAAUUACUGUAAGGCCUGUUGCUCAAUAUUAAGAUACGCUGUGGUUUGCUUGAUAAGGAGAAAUUAGCAUACUGCAUUUCUCAAGUAGCCAGCUGAAAGUGGUGACAAGCCAAAAAACUGAAAGGAAAUUACAGUUGUAAUGAAUGUGCAUGCACAAAGUGAAGAAAUCAGAACAUUGACAUAUGUGCUGCAUAGCUGUCUGUAAAAUGUCUAUAAUUAAAGAAUUUGUCAGUGUUGAACCAACAAGUAUGUCCAAUUUCAAA